AUGACAGAACAACCGCCUAAAAACGAAAAAGUUCACUCUUACAACCUGUACGACCUGCGGAAACAGGAAGAAGGCCAACAUCGCAUCAGGCAUCCCCCCUCUGUCCACAUCGCACGAGGCUUUGAGCCCCGUCUGCCCAUUUUGAAGGCGACUAGACGACCCAUCAUUUGCAUCAGUGACUGGCAGUAUGAGACUGCAACCCAAGAGCAUUUCUGGGAACAAGCCAAAGUCAUCCUGUCGGAUCAUCUGGGUGGACAAGAAAUCCUGUCGCGAGCUAUUGUUUUCGUUGCGGGGGACAUGGCUAGCUCGGACAACAGUCUGCGUGGCACAGCCUCAGAUGCCGUGCCCAGGCUGCAUUGGCUCCGCGAGACCUUUCCGAAGGGAGACCUCUUUCAAAUUUAUGGCAAUCAUGAUCUCAUGGACCAAGAGCACUUGAUAAUGGCAAACACGGCAUCAUCAGGAGCUCCUUGUCUCCUGCCCCACGGAAAUGUCAUCCGCAUAUCUUUGGUCAGUGGUGUGGCCAACGAGCCAACAUCAGAGCAAUGUGCGAUUGAUCACAACGCGAACAUCACCGGGGAAGCAAUCGUAAAUGCCAGCCCAUUGACCAACUUUGAGGCUUCACCCCAAGCAUCAGCCGCAAAGACACCAAAUGUUCAGAUAACGCCUGGUAUGACCAAACAAGAAAGGGCGGCUCUUUAUGCCAAGAUGAAGUUCCCAAAGAAAGCAAAGCCAUCCAAGAAGUCAGCGCAGGACAAGCAAUGGAGACACCAAAAUCCAGAUCAGGCAGCACUGGUGGAUGCCAUGAAGGUGCGGCACAACAACCAUACAAGCAGUCCAUCAGGCAGCACACACGGUAACCUCGUGCUUGCUGGGGUGCAUGGUAUUCCUUCGUCGCACAACCAAGGCAUGCAAAAAAGUGACCGACCCUCGUAUUUCCGCACUCUCGGAUUGGCUUGCGAAACAGUGGACUUAGACGUGCUGGUGACACAUUCAAACCCUCGUCUGCCAGGCCAGGAAGAUUUGGUCAAAGGUGAUGAUGCCCGCAAGAUGCUGGAGGCAUUUGAGCAAAGUUCCGCUUAUCUGUUUGUUCACGGCCACAUGCAUGUUGACCCCGCCGUGUCUGUGCUGGACAGUGGAAAAGUAGUGGUGAAUUCGGAUUGUCGUGUGGUGGCGUUUGUCCCGAAUUAG